AUGAACUACGUUCCAGCAAGUAAGCUCUUCUUCACGGGCGACAAGAAUCUCGCCGCCAUUCCCGGCGAGGGAAUAGUUUUCACUACCGACAUCACCCAGACCCUUUUCGCCCGGGAGGCAUUGGGUGAGGGAGUGAACUGCAUAGGCGAGGGCGACCUCACAGCCACCAAGCUAGGGCUGGCAGGCAACUUAGGCCCUUAG